AUGAAAUAAAAUUUUUAAUUUUAAUAGAAAUAGGAAUUUAAAUGUAAGGAUCACCCUUAAGAACCUGCUUUAUUUUGGUGUAAACAAGCUUAUUGUUAAGAAAACAGAGUAUUUUGCCUCGUUUGCCAAAAAGAAAAGAAACAUAUCCAACAUUUCAAUGAAGAUGUUCAUGGGAUUCAUGAAUUAUUAAAAUUUCUAUGUGAGAAAUCAAAAUACCCAAAAGAUCUAAUAUCAGAAUGUUAACAUUAAUUUGAAUUUACAAUUAAAUCUUUUGAUAAACUUACUUCUAGUUUAUCUUAUAAGUUCUGUGGAUUAGAAGAUAAAAUUAAUUAACUCUAGAAUUAUUAAAUCUUAUAAGCACUUGAUUCUUUUGUUAAAUUUGAUGAUAUUAGAAAACACAUAUAAAACAAUAUAAUUGCCUAUUUGAAGAAGUUUUAGAAAAUCUUAGAUGAUCUUUAUAAUUAAUUGGAAUUACAUUUAAUUAAAUAUUAAAUGAAAGAUGAAUAGAUAACAAUUAAUAAAAAUGAAUUGCAAAAAGGUUUGUAUUUAUUUUAUUAUCUUUUAGGUAUAUCUUUAAAUAUUAGAAAUAAAUAAAAUGAAGCACUUUAAAUAUUUGAUAAAUUAUUGUUAGAUGAACCAUAUAAUAUAGAAAUUAUGUAUUAAAAAGGUUAUUAAUCAUAUCUAAUUUUAAGGAAAUUCAUUAACUUAAUUGAAUAAGAUUGUAGAAGCAAAAUAAAUAUAUAAAGAUAUUAUUGAUAUUAAUUCAUAACAUGAAUUAUCACUUUGGAAAAUAGGUAUAUUUACUUUUAUUUAUUAUUUAGGUGAUAUUUUAAGAUAAGAAAAAUCUUAUUAGGAAGCUAAGGAAUAUUAUAUUAAAUGUAUUUCUAUUAAUUAAAAUAAUUCAGCAUCUUAAUUUGGAAUAGGUUUUAUUUAUUUAUAUUCUUUAAGCUGAAUGUUUAAAAGAAACUCAUUAAUAUAAUGAAGCAUUAUAAUAUUAUAUAAAAGCUAUCUAAGUUAAUUAGUUUAAUAAAGAAUAUUUUUAUUAAUAAGGUAAAAUAUAUAUUUAAUAUUAAUUAGGUGAAUGUCUAAGAUUAUUAGAAAGGUAUCAAGAUGCUAUUUAACUUUAUGAUUCAGUUUUUAAAAAAGAUGUAAAUCAUGCUGAUUCUUAUGCUGGAAAAGGUAUCAAAUUUAUUUUAUUUAAUUUUAGCAAUAUGUUUAUUAUGGUUAGGAAUCAAUGAUCAAGCAUUAAAUAAUAUACAAAAAUCAUUAAACAUUAAAUAAAAUUGCUAUUUAGGAUUAUAUGCACAAGGUAACAACUAUUUUAUCUUAGGAUUAUAUUUAUUGUUUAUUUAAGAUUAUUAGCAAGCAAUCGAGUAUUUUGAUAUGGCAUUGACCAUAAAUUCAUAACAUGUAGAUUCUUUAUGGGGAAAAGGUAUAAUCAAAUUUAAUUAAUUUUAGGUGAAUGCCUAAGAGGGAUGAAUUAAUUUGAAUAAGCACUUAUAUGGUACGAGAAAGCUUUGACCAUAAAUUCAUAACAUGUAUUGUCUUUAUGGGGAAAAGGUAUAAUCAAAUUUAAUUAAUUUUAGGUUAAUGCCUAAGAUUAAUGAAUUAAUUUGAAUAAGCACUUAUAUGGUACGAGAAAGCUUUGACCAUAAAUUCUUAAGAUGUAUAUUCUUUAUAGGGAAAAGGUAUAAUCAAAUUUAAUUAAUUUUAGGUGAAUGCCUAAGAGGGAUGAAUUAAUUUGAAUAAGCACUUAUAUGGUACGAGAAAGCUUUGA